GAAAGAGCAUGGAGGGCUCUAGUUACGACGACAGUGAUGACAUUACCUUUAUUUUAUGCGAAGUAUGUAAUGCUAAAAUUAGAGGAGAAACGCAGUACAAGAUACAUCUGACUGAGAAUCAGCACCUAAAGGGCUCUUUAGAAGAGAGAAGCCCCUACCAAAAUGGAGCAGUAUAUGCCAGUACAUUGACUACUUGCAGCUGGAUGAGCCCAUAAUUGGUAAGAAAUGCUGUCCGUUUUUCUUGGGUGUUGAUUGACUUGCGUGAGCCUCAGCUCAAAUAGCAGCUGGAGAGAAAGCAAGGGAGAUGCUCUCGAAUCCACAGCUACGGUAUACUUGCAUGUUAUUGGCUUGUUUAGAAAGGACUGCAGUAGUAGCCUUUACCACAACCUGCUCUAGAUCAGGGGUCUCCAACUCAGGCCCUGCAGAGCUACUAUCCAGUAGGUUUUCUGUCCUACCUGGCUUCUGAUGAGCCACACCUGCUCUCAGUUGGAGACCCCUGAUAUAAAGAGUUUAUUCAAAUAACCCGGAGUUGGAGACCCCUUGUUCUAGAUUAAACCACGACUCCAAAAAAGUAACAUUGGCAACAAUGCAGCUGGUUUGACUGAUUUGGGACUCUGUCAUUCCUGCACUGAUGUAAAUACCAUGUUUCCUGCUUUUCUUAAAGGUCUGCAGCACCUGGUGGAGGUGGACAGCAGCGGUCCCGGGCUCAGGUACCUGUGCCGGCUCUGUUUCACAGAGGCGGACCUUCCCGGUAUCACCAACCACAUCCUGAGCCGGAAGCACCGGCAGAAGUACCUGGUGACCAAUCGGCCCGACUUGGUGACAUGGAAUGUUAACAAUGUGAAUCAGCUGGGGAAGUUGGUGCGGGCCAAGGCUGAAGUGGUAGAACGUCAAGAUGGCCGUGGUGUUCCCCAGGAAAGGAAGAGAAAAAGAGAGGUGAAGCCACAUCUUGGCACUUUCAAAGUUACCCUGAAGGAGACCCAUGGUGGAAUGGAAGACCAGCAGGAUUACAACAAAGCCCGCCAGAACCAAGCCAUGGGUGGAUUCAGUCGCUGGGAGGCGAGGAGGGAGAUGACAGGUUCGGGCAGGGAAUUCACCGAAAAGGACCGUUACGGACAGCGGUACGGAAGAGGAAACUCGUAUGGGAGGGGCUACCAUGAGGAAGACCGUGGCGAGCAGCGUUACCGGGACGAUGGUUCUUAUGAUGAAGAGUACCCAUACAAGGGCCCUUAUGAGCAACGGUAUCCGGAUGCUGAGCCUUAUAGAGAAGCCUGUGCUGGGGGAAGCCAGUUUCGGCAAGAACAUUUGGAUGAGGAGUCUUAUGAGGAAGAUUCCUGGCAGGAAAGGCAGGAGGAAUGGGGUCACCAUGACGAUGUGGACAGACGCAGGCAGAGGUUCCUGGACUCUUCGGAGGAGAGGAAGCGAGAGAGGCUGGUGCAUCUUCUGCGUGACUGUGCACAGAAAUCUCAACACACCGACCUCCCUGAGGGGCACGCUGGGGGUCGUGGGAACAGGGCAGAGCUUUCAGAGGGACCUGAUCGAGGGUUCGGUUACAGCAGAAGGGGUGAGAGGAGACUGCCGUUUGAUGGAAAGCAAGUGAGGAAGCCUGCGAUGUAUAACAGGGAUGAUGGCAUGAGAAGCACCCAGUUUGAUGGACCACAGUAUGACAGAGGUGAGAGAUCAAGCUUCCACAGAGAACUUCCUUACAGAGACGACGACCGACUGUCUAGAGAAGACAACAACCUUCCUAGAAAGAGGAUGAGACCAGAUGCUGGUUCGCAGAAGCAGGUGGAUUGCAGAAGGGCUGAGCAGCAGAAUGUUAAACAAAAUAUUUUGGAUGUGCUGAACAACAUUGAAAUUGAGACCAUGGAUGAAGCCAACUCCUUCCAGGACAAGCUGUGUAACCUUGUGGAGGAGUUUCAAGCAAACAAAUCUGAGAAGGCUAUGUCCAACAAGAAGGAGCCCAUGUUUUCCAAAGACUACAAUCAUAUGAGCACUGACCAAGAAGAGCACAGAGGCAGUAUGGAGUGGAGAGAGUCUUGGCAAAGCUGCCCGCCAGGCGACCACAUGCGUCCACGGGACGCCUACCUUCAGAACCCCAGAGAUGGCUGUCAGGAUGACCCACAAGAUCACUAUCAUCCUGACGUCAGAGAUAACCAUGACGGUUACCAUGAACGGCCUAAUAGUCGCGGCCGUCGCAGGGGAAAUUCACUGGAGCAUUUCGAAUAUAAUUCACAGGAGCCGUUGGAAGGGGAUUUCCAAGACUCUGCAGGUGGGUACAGAGAUUCAAGAGAGACAAGAAAUUUUUAUGGGGGCCCCCCCAGAACAUUCGAAGACCGCUAUGACAGACGUGCCAAGGAAGAGCAGCUGACAGACAGACGUCAAUCCAAUGAUUGCCUGGAAUCGACAGCGGCGCAGCAAGAUCACCAUAAGGGAGGUUUCAGACAUGUGGCUCGCAGUUCCAGAGAGCAGAGACCCGGCAGGCCGCCUUACCCGCGAUCCGAAGCCCCCCCUGGAGACACUUGGUCGCCCUCUGAGAGACCGGAGAGGUCCUUCUACCCCCGCAGCGGCACUCCUGGUGAGGGGCGCGGUCACAGACGUCGUGGCUCGCCCUGCUACCCCGAGCAGCCUGGAUACAGGCCGAGGCGAGGCCACGGGUCGCCCACAGAUCCCCCACCCUCCUCCAGCCUUAACAAAAUCACAUCCACCCUCCUGCAGCUCGUGGCACGUAAAGGGUCAUUUUAGAGCGGUUAGGGGACCUAGACUGUCUGGUCAGCGGCUGAACUGUAACCUAUAAUUUCCUAUCCUUUAUAGUAUGUAAUUUUACUUUAAUAGUAGUUGUAAUUUUAACACCUAUUAAACUUGAUAAUUAAGGUGUGUGUUGAGCAGGGAAAUCUGCAACCUCUGUUGUAUUUGGACCCGGCAGGACUGGAAUUGGAAAGCUUUUCCUUAUACUCUGGUGUAAUGUCUGGACAAUAUAAUGAUAUAAAAAAAUUAGAUAAUGUCCAAAACCCUGUUUUUCUCCCUCGGGGAUAUAAUGGUCAUCAAGGAGGUCGUGAAGUCAGAUAGUAAACAUCGGGCCUUUGGGUAUUAACAGAACAGCUUUACUGGCCUGGAAUUGUGACCCAUUUACAGGUGCAUGAAUGAGUGUGACCUUUGUGUUUCGUUCCCUGCUGAAAGGUACCUCACUUAUACCAUCCAAAUGGGCGAAAUGUAAAACUAGUCUGUCUAUAUUCACUGGUUAUAAAAUGAUGACGCAGCGGCUUGGAAUCUUGGAAAUGUGCCAUCUUGUCGGAGAGUUACUUAAUAUUAAAAUGCGUAUCUAAUAA